AUGAUGAUGAUAGUGGUGAUGAUGAUGUCAGUUCGCUACCUCAAGCGCACGCCUGCCACUUGCCUGAGCUAUCCCCAGCUGAGCGAGGCGUGUUUGGAGCUUAUGGUACUGUAUGCUGAGGAUGCGAAAAGCCGCAACACCUUCCUCAUCGACACCCUGACACAGCUUCUGUCCUGCCAACCCACUAUGCUUCCAGGAAACCCGCCAGAUGAUACCUUGGUGCAGUCCUGGGGUUUGGCUGCGCAAGCUGCAUACAUCCGGCUGGUCAACGACUGCCAGUUCUGUUUGGAGAAGAUGCUAGCGAGGCGCAACAUGUUCUUGGACAGGUUGGAGGACUCCAAGAAAGAGAACAAGGAGCAUGCGCUCCAGAUGGCCGUACUCAUGCAGACAACGACCAACUCGAGGGAGGUGCUGGAUGAGUACAAGAGGCGGUACUUCUGGGACAGCAUCACCCACAGCUUCAAACCUCCAUCACGGCGGAUAGGCGAAACCGGUGAAGCUUCGUCCUCGAAGCCCCAGCCGGCUGCGCAUUCGCCGCCCUUGCCUUCGCCGCCGCCGCAGCCGGGCUUAGCACUGCCUCUGCGGUCGGGAGAGCCAAUGCCAGAGGUGCAGGAGCCUAUGCCCUCGCCGAGGACGCCGUCGGAAGCAUCACCUUCGCCACGACCGCAGCAGGAGUCUCUGCCAUCUUUGCCGGAAGAGCAGCAUCCUCCUCCAGCUGAUCAGUCUCAGGACUCUCCAGCUCCAGCUUCGGUGGACCCAGCUUCGCCCAGUGAG